AUGGUUUUCUUUCUUUCUAUCUUUCUUUUCCUUUCGUUAUACUUAUAUUUUCGUAUACAUUGUUUACUUACAACUAUAUCCUUUCUUUUCCUUAACUCCAUUCACGUUUUUUUUUUAAAUCAAAUUCCUCCCUUCUUUCUUCUUUUCUUCCCUCACCCGUUAAUGUGUCCCUUGCUGACCAUUGGUCCUUUUCUUUCUGUUUUUACUUACAUAUCUUUCUUUUUUUUACUUUCUCUUUAUACGUUUUUCUCUUUUCUGCCUUUCUUUCUUUUUUCUUUCUUUCUUAAUUUCUUUUUCUUUCUUCCUUCCUUUCCUUCUUUACGUUCUUUUUACUUAUAUUUCUUUCUUUUACUUUCUUUUACUUAUAUUUCUUUCUUUCUUUCUUUCUUUCUUUCUUUCUUUCUUUUUUCCUUUUUUCUUUUUUCUUUUCUCCCAUAUCUUUCUUCUUUUUUUCUUUCUUCCCAUAUCUUUCUUCUUUACUUUCUUUCUUUCUUAUCUUUCAUUCUUUUCGCAUACAUUUUUAUAUUUAAUAAUUUUAUUUUUCCCACUUUUCGUUUCUCACUUUCCUAUCAAAAUUCUUCUAUUGCUUUUAUUCUUUUCACUUUUUCAUUCUUCUCUUAUAUUCUUAUUCUUCUCCUUUUAUAUUAUUUCUUCAUUCCCCACUCUUCCUCCCCUUCUUCUCUUCCUCCUCCUCCUUAUUUUUCUAUAUUUUUUUUUAAGUCCCUUUACGUUGAUUUAUAUUAUAGUGUCGAUUUUCUUCUCAACAGACUUCUUCUUCAUUCUCUACUCCUCCCCACCUUCUUCUCAUUUUUCUAUAUUUUAAGUCCCUUUAAGAUGACUUCUUUUUCUACUUCUUCUUCUUCUUCUUCUUCUUCUUCUUCUUCUUCUUCUUUUACUUCUUCUUCUCACUUUUCUACAUUUUGUUUCAGUGCUUUUACGAUGUUUUUAUAUUUUCGAUUUUAUUUUUAUUUUUCUUCUUCUUUUCACUUUUUUAUAUUUUCUUUAAGUGCUUUUAUAAUGUUUUUCUCAUGUUGUCGAUUUUCUUCUUCUUCUUCUUCUUCUUCUUCUUCUUCUUCUUCUUCUCUUCUUCUUCUUCUUCUUCUUCUUCUUUCCUAA